AUAGACCUCAUAGAUAGUCUUAUCUAUGAUCAUCCUAACAAAACAAGAAUUGGUAAAAUCAAUACAAUGGUGUGAUGAAAUGUUUUAAAAUUCUUAAUAUCGUAUACAGCCGAUAGGUAUAUAGCAAUUGUGGUCAAGAGAAAGUAUUUCAAUAAUAAUAAAAUGUCUUUACCGGCGGAAAAUAAUAUGCCUAACCAGACAUCAAUAGACGAUGAAACUAACGCUCACGAUAUCAGUGUUAGCACCGCACAUCAAGAAGUCAACUCUGAAAGUAUAUUCUCCACACCACAAGCUGUAUCUCAUGUCUCAGGAGAAGUUAUGCUUACACCUACACAUCGGACAUUUACCCCACAAGCGCAUUCUGCAAACCCACAUAGUUCUAUGACUGCCAUUACACCUAUAGCUAGUGCAGCUAGCCAGGCAAAAAGUAGCAUAAAAUUACAGAACUGUAUUUCAACAGUCAGUUUGGGCUGUGAACUUAAAUUAUUAGACAUUUACUGUCGGACUAGAUAUUCAGAAUACAACCCAGCUAGAUUUAAUGGUGUUGUUAUGAAAAUUCUGGAACCACGUACAACUGCUUUAGUUUUUAAAUCUGGUAAAAUUGUAUGCACAGGAGCAAAAAAUGAGCAUGAUGCUUAUAUUGGUGCCAGAAAAUUUGCAAGAAUUAUUCAGAAACUUGGUUAUCCGGUAAAGUUUCUCAAUUUUAAAGUACAAAAUUUCAUUGGCACAGCAGAUUUAAGAUUUCCAUUGAGGUUGGAGGCUCUUCAGCAAGCACAUGGCCAGUUUACAUCCUAUGAACCAGAAUUAUUUGCAGGCUUAGUUUAUAGAAUGAUACGGCCAAGGGUUGUCUUGUUGAUUUUUGUAAAUGGCAAAUUAGUAAUAACAGGUGGAAAGACUAGAAAUGAAAUUUAUGAAGCAGUAGAUAUAAUACAUCCAAUACUUAGGAGUUUCAAGAAAAACUAGUUACAUUGGAACAUAUUUUUAUAAUGAUAAGUUUGAACCAUAAAUUAAUGAAAUACAAUAAAAGUACCUUUACAUAAUUAUUGCUUAGUAUUAAAAUAACUGAAUUAAUUUUAAUUUGUCUACAAAGGAAUAACAAUGAAUGAAAUGAAGCAGAAUAAGAAAACAAUAUUUAUUUUAUAAAAU